UCCAGAUCUUCGCACGAUCAAUCUUGUUACCUACAUUCUUUUCUUUUUCUAAUCUGAUCAAUGACUGCAUAUUCAUGACGGCCAUGCAAUGGUCAUUUGUCUAACGUCAAUCCGGCACUUCACACCAACGUUCUCUCCUCCCGAUUGUUCAUUGCCCUCAUUCGGUUCGACCUCACAUGGCGGAUUAGCCGCCCGUAUCGACGUGUACCUCCUAGUGAGUGGACGGCGAACGAGUGUCAGCAUUUGAACGUUGCAAUUGUUUCUUCGACCCGUCGCAGCUACAGCACUUACUCCACUUGAGGAAGCGGCAAACUUCUCGGCAUUUUCGACGGUGACAUGCAACGCCAUGACGACGUUGGAGGCGAUACGCACGAUAACAACAGCAGAAUCCCGUUCAUUGCCCCGCAAAGUCCACAGCCCACAUCGAGCCGAGAGAGACGACCGACAUCAGUCCGUGGGAGGCAUGCCCGGCUUUCACAUCGCUCUCGGCAAGGCUGCUGGACUUGUCGUGCGCGAAAGGUGAAGUGCGACGAGGCUCAUCCGCGAUGCGGUCCCUGCACCCGACUCAAUCGCGAUUGUGACUGGGAUCAACGAUGGAACUUUAGCGAUGCAACACUGGCGACACAGGGUAAACACCCAAAUGUGAACACUAACGGUAAUGCGGUAUGGGACUCUAACGUUCGUUCAAGCCUGCCGCUCAGCCCGACUCGUAGCGCCGACGAGGUAGACGAUGAUCCUGACUUUUACGUUCUCACUACGGAUGAGGAUCGUGAGAAGAAAGCGGAACAGAGACCUCCUGGGACUUAUGCGUUGGUGCUCACUCCCAGAUCAUUUUUGAGAUCGAGCAUUCCAGAAUAUGCAGCAGCACGGAUUGAUGACCGCACGAGCGCCGACAUGUUCGUCUUUCGAGGUUUCGAGCGCGAAGUGCAACCGCCUCUCAGCAGUCCGCCAGCGCACACGGCCCCCAACGUCGUGAUCCUCGAUAAGUUUGAGGACAUAAAUCUGGCACCAAGUUCCACAUGGUCGAUCCCGGAGAGCGACCGACGCGAAAGCGUAUCAGAUGCCACCAAUGCGUCCGUCAAAACAGAGCCGCUGUCCGAGUUCAACACGGCUCCAUCAACGCCGCUGCUCCGUUCCAAUGAUCACCUCAUCCACCACUUUCGAGGAUAUAUAGUUCCACGACUGGUGCAACCUCUCCUAUCUACCGUUGGCCCACACCAGAGCUCGCUAGCUGACGCCCUCGAAUACGAAGCGCACCGAUUUACGCCUCUAUACCACGCGAUCUGCGCCAUCAGUGCCCUCAACCUUGCAUACAAGGGCGUCUCUUCACUUGAAGAAGCGAUGCAGCAUUAUCAUCGUGCAUUGGAUGCUCACACAGCUGCUUCAGCGCCUCAGAAUCUUCUAUCGGAUGGAAUUUUCUUCCGACAUUUCCUUCUCUUGGUCUAUGAUAUUUGCUUGGCUACAAACACAGGCGCAGACGGCGAGGUGGCUAUGUGGGCGGAGCAUUUAAACCAACUGCGCUGGCUCACGACCCAGCGGCAUGCCAUUGGAGCCAGUGGAGACUCGUACGCAUACACAAUUUGGAAGAUUUAUGAACUGGAUAUGUACGCAUGCCUGCUGGGGUGUGGAAACGGCAAUUUCGUGCAGACGAUGAUCAAUGAGAGGAUAUUACCGGCUCCCGAGCUACAGAUACCUAUGGGAACAGCCGUCGGUCUGACAUCGAUUGGCCCGACCCCAUUCGCGCUGAACGAAAUGGCUUCCUUUCCUGCCAUACUCGGGCUCCACCAGAUCAUCACUGCGCAUGUGGCUCAAAUUGCGGUGACGGCCCAAAGAUUCCGUACGGAGUCACAGGAGAACGAGGUCGCACCUCCAGCGAUGGUUGCAAGGUGGCAAGCGACAACUGUACAGCUCCGAGCCGCGAUGAACGAUGCCUGGCUGCAAGCAUAUCCACAGCAGCAUGUCGGCCUCCUGGAUGCUUCACCAAUUCUGGCGGCCAAUUUACCAGAGAGGGUCCGCCUUAUGUUUGAAAAUGCUGUACUUUUGUAUGAUGCCGCAACAAUCUAUACCCGCACGAGCAUGUACCCGGCUCAGGGACUCAUGCCCAUCGCGAAUCGCCCGGCUACCACUGCCGACACUGAUUUACGUGCCACCAGAAUCCUCACGUUGGCAUCCUUGCAAGCGACGAACCCCGUUCACCGAAACAUCGUCUUUCCAAUUUUCAUAGCCGGCGUGGCGACAUCGGCCGAGUCUAAUAAGAGCGCAGCCAUCGAGCUUAUCGGACGUCUGGAGAGUACCGGGAUUGGCAGAAACACCCAUCGCACCAAACAGCUCCUCUCAGCUGUCUGUGAAGAGCAGAAGCGGCUAGUGGCCGUCGGUGGGUUCAUCGAAGAGGUCGAGUGGCUCAACAUUGCGAGGACGAACAAAUUGGACGUGGUCAACUGCGGACUGUGAUCUGUGAGAUUCAGACGCAUGCACGAUAUGCUGUCAAAAAGCUCUUCUCUACAUUGAGUAAACAUUGCGACACAAUUGUGAUGAACAUUCAAUC